GGUUUGGUGGUGGGACAUGGAACUCCACGUGCUUGCAUGUGCCAUGUCUCUCUCUAAAUGCCCCACCAUUGCUCUGCUUUAACCACAUAAAUUCGUUUCUGCACAUUCUUCUGUUUCUCAUGCUUCCCUCUUCAUUUCUCUCUCAAUUUUACACUUUUCAUCACUUUUUCUCAGAAUGCGCAAUCCCAGUUCUUUAAAACGAGAAUUCUUGAAGAAAUGGAUGAUGGGUCUUGAAAUAUACACAACUUCCAACAAGAACAUGACGGUCACCCAGAGAAAAAACGCCAUAAAAUUAUCCGCAGAUUUAGCCUUGGCCUCCUCCAGAAACUGCGCCACUCGGUGGAGUCAAGCGCUCAUCGCCGCCACCUCCGUUGACGACGGAAGCCGCCUCGUGGCCGACGUCCUUCUGGGCCGGACUAUUAACCCCAAAAUUUCGCGAAUUAUGUGGAGUAGUGGGAAGAUUGUCAAAAGAAGCCGCCGCGUGCAGCGGAUGAGAAGAAAAUGGAAGAAGCCGGCGGCGGAGUUGAUUGCGAGAAAGUUGGUGCGGAGAAGAAGGAAAGUUCUUCGGGGAUUGGUUCCGGGAGGUGAAUUUAUGGAUGAAAUUUCAUUGAUAGAAGAAACGCUAGACUACAUAUCCGCGCUUCAAGCUCAAGUGGAUGUAAUGCGAUGCCUUGCAACUGCAUACAUAGCAUCAUCAUCAUGAAUACCCAAACAUAAUUAUAAUCAAACCCCCCUUUUGUUUUGCACAUAUAUGUAGAGCUAAAUUUGAGGUUAAUGUUAGUGGUAGUUUGGGAUCAUUUUGUGAGUUUUAUGUACAUAAUAAAUGUUUAUGUAAGUUAAGACAAAUAUGAAUUUGUUUGGUUCAAAGUUUGAAGCAUUUAUUUGUGUAUUGAAUGUGGCG